AUGCAACCAUUUGGUCAGCAGCAAAUUAUGCAGAAUCGUGGGUACGGCGGAUACAAUGCAUAUAGCCAUCCGGGCUACCCUUCCCAGCAAUUCCCUGCUCCUGCCCCGUAUCAGGCACAAGGUGGUGGCUAUUAUCCUCAGUAUUCUCAAGGAACGUACAAUCCAACACUUUUCCAGGGGUUUCAAGGGAACUUUUCAGGCCAAGUAAAUCGUGGAAGACCUAUUUACACAGGAGGACGUGGAGCUGGCGGGUAUGGACGUGGCGACUACAGUAUGGGUAUGGCAGUUGACCGCGGCAGAGGCGCGUAUGGGAUUCGUCCCCGCCAAAAAAAGCCGUUUGUUGGUGGUUCAUUGGAAACACAACGUGAGUGGGAAAGGCAAACAUUAUGUUGCUUUUUUUUGCAAGGGAACUGUAAGUUUGCUGACACUUGUCGCUUUCUCCACGAAGACGAUAGCAAACGCCCUUGCCAAUUUGGAGCUCAAUGCCGUGUAGGACACGCGCCGCGGGCAAAGAAGAGUAACGGCACCGCGGAUGUGGAUACCCCUUCUUGUCAGUCGGGUGAUCCUCAGGAAACACCUGAAGGAAAUGAGAACAAUGCCGCGGAAUCCUCAUAA